CGCGGAUAAGGAGGCGCCACCAAAUUCCUUCCGCCCAAAAACCCCACGCGAGCUGCCCUGCCAGCUCCUACCCCCUUCCAUGGCGACCGCCACCGCCGCCGCCUCCUCCUCCUCCUCGCUGACCGCCCCUCUUCUCCGCCCAAAGCCCAACAUCAACCCCGCCCCCAGAUCCCUCCCGCUCCUCAGGAGCAGGAAGUGCGCUCGCGCCGUGACCGCCGCCGCCGCCGGGGGCGCGGGACCGUACGGGGCUGCCCAGCGGCGCGGGAUUUGGUCGAUCAGGGAUGACUUGUUGAUGCCGAGGUCGCCCUACUUCCCAGUUGAGUAUGCGGCGGGGCAGGAGCGCGGGCCGUCGCCGAUGGUGAUGGAGCGGUUCCAGAGCGUUGUCAGCCAGCUCUUCCAGCACAGGAUUAUCCGGUGCGGUGGCCCUGUGGAGGAUGAUAUGGCGAACAUCAUUGUUGCGCAGCUGCUCUAUCUUGACGCCAUGGAUCCCACUAAGGAUAUCAUUAUGUAUGUGAACUCGCCAGGAGGGUCAGUGACAGCUGGGAUGGCUAUAUUUGAUACAAUGAAACAUAUCAGGCCUGAUGUUGCCACUGUUUGUAUCGGACUAGCUGCAAGUAUGGGAGCUUUUCUGCUUAGCGCUGGGACCAAAGGAAAGCGAUACAGCUUACCCAACUCAAGGAUAAUGAUCCAUCAACCUCUUGGAGGAGCCCAAGGACAAGAGACUGAUCUUGAGAUCCAGGCUAAUGAGAUGCUGCACCACAAGGCUAACUUGAAUGGUUACCUGGCAUACCACACUGGGCAGCCCCUGGAUAAGAUCAACGUAGACACUGACCGUGACUACUUUAUGAGUGCGAAAGAGGCAAAGGAGUACGGUCUUAUUGAUGGAGUAAUCAUGAAUCCCCUCAAGGCCCUUCAACCGCUUCCAGCAUGCAGUUAGUCAUGAAGUGUUCGGCCUCAUUUUUGUUGUAUCUGUUAGAACUGUCGUUUCCAUUGAGCUCUUUUUGUUAGCCUGGCUAGAUGGUGUUGUAACUCUUGCAUCCUGAGGCUUCAAAGGUUGUACAAAACAAGAUCCACGACUAUAUCCGUCCUUUGCGAUCGGUAUUGUAAUUGGAUCAGUACUAUUUCAUUGCUAGUUUUGCGGUC